UGGCUCUGCUGUAUAUGAGCGUCGCGCAGCACAGCGCACAGCAGCUGCUCCAGAAGUUGCUUCCCUUUUGUUCUCUCUCUGCUGCAUCCACCAUGGUCCUCUAUCACAAGGAGUUCGCCAAUGCCGGCCAGAAAUCCGGCCUCCAGAUCUGGAGAAUCGAGAAGAUGGACCUGGUCCCCGUCCCGGAAAAUCUGUACGGAAACUUCUACGUGGGAGACGCUUAUAUCGUCCUCCAAACUAUAGUGAAGAAUAACAGCAAAUAUUACAACCUGCACUACUGGUUGGGGGAGGAAUGCUCCCAAGAUGAAAGCGCUGCAGCCGCCAUUUUUGCCGUUCAGAUGGACGACUACCUUGGAGGAAAACCCAUCCAGUACAGAGAACUCCAAAAAUAUGAAUCCGGCGCCUUCGUUGGAUACUUCAAAGGAGGGAUUAAAUAUAAGGCAGGUGGAGUAGCCUCUGGUUUCAACCAUGUGGUCACCAAUGACCUGACCGCUCAACGUCUAUUUCACAUCAAAGGAAGGAGAGUGGUGCGGGCUACGGAGGUUCCUCUUAACUGGUCCAGCUUCAACAGUGGAGACUGCUUCAUCAUAGAUCUGGGAUCUGUGAUAUACCAGUGGUGCGGAUCGACAGCCAACAAGUAUGAACGCUUUAAGGCUAUGCAAGUGGCGAAUGGAAUACGCGACAACGAGAGGAAGGGACGGGCGCAGCUGGUGGUGGUGGAAGAAGGGAGCGAACCCAACGAAUUAACCAAGGUCCUGGGUAAGAAGCCGUCCCUCCCGGCGGGCGAUGACAGCGAUGACGUUGCAGAUGUUACAAACAGGAAGAUGGCGAAACUGUACAUGGUGUCCGAUGCCAGCGGGUCCAUGAAGGUCUCUGUAGUUGCAGAAGAAAACCCCUUCUCCCAGGCCAUGCUGAUCUCCGAGGAAUGCUUCAUCCUGGACCACUCCGCCGACAAAAGGCUCUUUGUAUGGAAAGGUAAAAAUGCAAAUGUGAAUGAGAGGAAGGCGGCCAUGAAGACAGCGGAGGAUUUCAUACAGCAGAUGAAUUAUCCUCGUAAUACUCAGAUCCAAGUCAUUCCAGAAGGAGGGGAGACUCCCAUUUUUAAACAAUUCUUCAAAGACUGGAAGGACCGGGACCAGAGCGAUGGAUUUGGGAAGGUUUAUGUCACGGAACGGAUCGCUCGCAUUCAGCAGGUCGACUUUGACGCCUCCAAACUUCACCAAUCACCAGAAAUGGCCGCACAGCACAACAUGGUGGAUGACGGAUCGGGAAAAGUUGAAAUCUGGCGGGUGGAGAGCAGUGGACGUGUCCCUGUAGACCCCGGCACAUACGGACAGUUCUUUGGUGGAGACUGUUACAUUAUUCUUUACACUUACCCUAAAGGGCAGAUCAUCUAUACCUGGCAAGGAGCCCAGGCUACACGGGAUGAGUUGACCACUUCGGCCUUCCUGACGGUGCAGCUGGAUCGCUCUCUGGGGGGCCAAGCAGUCCAGGUCCGAGUCACCCAGGGAAAGGAACCUUCUCACCUCCUGAGCUUGUUUAAAGAAAAACCUCUUAUUAUUUACAAAGACGGCACCUCCAGGAAGGGAGGUCAGGCGCCCCCCAAUGCAGUCAGACUCUUCCAGAUCCGCAGGAAUUUGUCAUUCAUCACACGGAUAGUGGAGGUAGAAGCAGACGCCUCCUCACUGAAUUCCAAUGACGUGUUUGUGCUGAAGCUGAAGAAUAACUCUGGUUAUCAAUGGGUCGGAAGAGGCGCCAGCGGAGAGGAAGAGAAAGGAGCGAGUUAUAUUGCCAAUGUCCUCAAAUGCAAGACAACACAGAUUAAGGAAGGACAGGAGCCAGAUGAGUUCUGGAGUGCCUUGGGAGGUAAAAAGUCCUACCAGACCUCUGAGCUGCUUGGAUCCCAACUGGCCGAUCACCCCCCAAGGCUUUAUGGAUGCUCAAAUAAGAGUGGGAGAUUUGUGAUUGAGGAGGUCCCAGGAGAAUUUACACAAGAAGAUUUGGCAGAAGAUGAUGUCAUGUUACUGGACACAUGGGAACAGUUAUUCCUAUGGAUUGGUAAAGAUGCUAAUGAAGUUGAGAAGAAAGAAUCCUUGAAAUCAGCCAAGCAAUACAUCGACACUGAUCCAUCGGGAAGAGAUAAAGGAAUUCCCAUUACCACCGUCAAACAAGGAUAUGAACCCCCAACAUUCACUGGCUGGUUCCUGGGCUGGGAUUACAGUAGGUGGCAGCAGUGAGCGAUACCGAAAGGAAACCGCAAACACAAAAGAAGCCAGUCCCAAAUUAAUCGGUGCCUAUAGUUCCGGUCGUGUAACCAUAUUCCCUAAUGCAACACCCUGCGCUGCUUGUUGUGACUGUUUCGAUAAACAUGUUACGGAUGUCACUUUUUUACAUCGGCGAGCUUUAUCUGGAAUAU